UCCAAUAGAGCCAUAUCGUCCAUAUUGCUGAUGUCGGAGAACUUGAACGACAAGAACAACACAACAUGGGCACAACGCAUUGCAAUCUUUAACGGUGAAAAGGCUAUUGAUGUCGAGAAUUAUCACACGUACGAAGAGGUGAUGGCCUAUUUAGCCGAAUUGGCUAACACCAACCCAUUAGUUUCAACAAAGGUUGGAGGAACAAGCGAAGAAGGUCGUGAUAUCGUCCAAGCGAAUAUUAGCAGUGGUCUUUCAGCAAACAAACCGGUCCACUUUUUCGAUUGCAAUAUCCAUGCUAGAGAGUGGAUUACAGCGGCUACUUGCGUGUGGAUCAUCGACCAGAUAACAACUGGAUAUGGUUCCUAUCCGGAGAUUACUUCGCUCGUUGACCAGUACGAUUGGAAAUUUGUUCCUAUUGCCAAUCCAGAUGGAUACGCCUAUACUUGGAAUACUGAUCGCAAUUGGAGGAAGAAUCGUCUUGUUAACAAUGAAUCGACGUGCGUCGGUGUCGAUGCUAACCGCAAUUUUCCGAUCGGUUUUGCUGGAUCUGGUUCCUCCAGCGAUCCCUGUUCAGGAACUUAUCAUGGAAUUGCCGCAUUCUCCGAGUGCGAGGCCAGCGCAUUUAGAGACUUGAUUGCCGCUGAUCGUGGCAGAGUUAAAACAACUAUCUCUCAUAUGCAUUCUUAUUCACAAAUGUUUCUUUCACCUUACGGCUACACCACCGAUUUACCUGCGGAAUAUCCUGAGAUGUUCCGUGCCAUGGAAAUCGCUGUGGAUGCGUUAACAUCCACGUACGGGACACCCUAUACCUACGGAAAUACCGCUGUUACCAUUUUGGCAUCUGGUGACACCACGGAUCAUUACUACGAGAGCGAAGGGGUUGUUCAUUCAUACACUAUAGAACUUCGAGACUCGGGUACUUAUGGUUUCCAAUUACCGCCUGAUCAAAUUGUUCCAACGGCCACCGAAACCUGGAAUGGAUUGAAAGCAAUGAUCAAUGCUAUUUGA